GGGAUGAAUGCUCGCUGCAAUAAGUGAGUUUUUACAGUGAAGAAACCCUUUCAAAACUCAAACACUGGAAAUGCUUUUUCUACACGACUUCAUCAAAGUUUGACAACUCGUUGUAAAACAAGACUUCAUAUGAACAGUAGCAACAUUUUUCAAAAAUGGAAUUCUAUAUGUAAAGUAUCUAUUAACUGUGCAACAGUGAAACAUGAUAAACUCCACUAGUCUUUCAUAUUUCAUACUUGGAGCAUUUUUUGAUACGGGAGACUUUAAAUAUCUGUUUUUCUUGAUCGUGCUGUGUUUAUACGCGUUGAUCAUUGUUUCUAACGUGCUGCUGAUUGUAGUUAUCUGUAUGAACAGAAGUCUUCAUGAACCUAUGUACCUGUUUCUGUGCAGCCUGUUUGUAAAUGAAGUGUAUGGGAGUACAGGAUUGUUUCCGUUACUGUUGCUUCACAUUCUCUCUGACGUUCACACCGUCUCUGCUUCGUUUUGUUUCCUGCAGAUUUUUUGUUUGUAUACUUAUGCUUCCAUACAGUUUAGUAAUUUAACCAUCAUGUCCUAUGACAGGUACCUGGCAAUCUGCUAUCCGCUGCAGUAUAACACACGUAUGACGUCUCACAGGGUCGCUGUGCUCAUUUGUCUCUCAUGGUUGUAUCCGUUUGUUGGGAUUUUUGUUCUGAUUUCUUUGAGCAUCCCUCUGCAGCUGUGUGGAAACAUGAUUGACAAAGUUUACUGUGAUAACUACUCCAUUGUGAAACUGGCUUGCUUUGACACAACAGUCAACAAUGUCUAUGGAAUCUUUUACACGCUCACCACCCUUGUUCUGGUUCUGCUGAUCAUUUACUCGUACACGAGGAUCUUAAGAGUCUGCUUCUCUGGUUCCAAACAGACGAGACAAAAAGCCAUCAGCACCUGCUUGCCUCACUUGGCCUCCCUGUUUAAUUUUUCUUGUGGUUGUUUCUUUGAAAUUAUACAAAACAGAUUUAACAUGAAAUAUGUGCCAAAUGGGGUGCUUAUUUUCUUAUCAUUGUACUGGCUCACCUGCCAGCCGCUCUUUAACCCUGUCAUGUACGGACUGAAUUUAACUAAAAUACGCAGCACAUGUAAACGUGUCAUCUUUGGUAAGAUGUGA